AUGGAGAAAUCAAAAUCUAGCGUCGGCUCACUGGAUGCAGUUGAGAACGCACAGCUGGGUACUUACCAGGAUGAGCAGCUCUAUCGGCUGGGCUAUACGCCCCAGCUGCGCCGCACGCGGAAGUUAUCGACUAUGCUGUUUACGUCACUUUCAAUUGCGUCUAUUCCGUAUGGCAUCGGCAGUUCCUUGAUGAAUGCCGUUUAUGGCGGUGGUCAACUAUCACUGUUUGUCGGACUGCUCGUUGUACUGGCAUUGGAUUCCUGUGUCGCAGUUUCUCUUUCAGAACUCGCAUCAAGAUAUCCCACCUCCUCGGGUGUCUAUCAUUGGUCGUUCAACCUUCUCAAAUCUACCGGAAACCGACGGCUAGUAUCUUUCGUCACUGUCUGGAUUUGGCUCAUUGGAAAUUGGACUAUUUCUCUAUCGGUCAAUUUCGGCAUCGCGUCGCUCGUCGCUGCGACAGUGUCAAUUUUCUAUCCCGACUGGACGGCCACAUCAUGGCAGCUUCUGCUCAUCUUCUACGCAAUCUGUCUUAUCACCUUCAUGAUAUGCUUCUUCGGUGACCAUUUACUUCCCCUUAUUGACACCCUGUCAGCGGCAUUUUCGGUUAUCACUUGCAUUGUCUUUGCUGUCACCAUGGCCGUUCUUUCCAGAGACGGUCGACACGAUGCCCAUACGGGGUUUGCUGGCUAUGAUCCUUCUUACUCCGGAUGGGAACAGCAUUUCACAUUUUUCAUCGGACUACUUCCACCGGCCUAUGCUUUUUCUGCCCUUGGAAUGGUUACGUCCAUGGCAGAGGAAUGCACAGAUCCUGAAAUACAAAUCCCUACAGCAAUCAGCUUGGUGCCCGUUAUUGCCGGUGCAGCAGCGCUGGUGUUUACUUUACCAAUCUGUUUCACUCUGCCGCCUCUGGCAGAUAUCAUUACUGCGCCCUAUGGGCAAGCGCUGCCAUAUGUCAUUCAUGUUGUGACAGGAUCACCGGCAGCAUCAAUUGUUUUGAUGAUACUCGUGCUGCUUGUGGCUAUGUUCUGCUCUAUUAGCAUUACUACGACAGCGGGCAGAUGCACUUGGGCGUUUUCUCGAGACGAUGCCAUUCCAAUGUCCCAUCUGUGGUCAUCCACCGUUAGGGAUAGUCCACUAUCAGCGCUCUGUCUGGUUACAGUUAUUGAGAUGCUACUGGGACUCAUUUAUCUCGGAAGUAGCAGUGCUUUUACGGCCUUCGUAUCAGUCGGCGUGAUUGCAUUGGCUGUUGCAUACGCGAUUCCUAUUGCGAUCAGUCUGUUUGUUGAUGGUCGGAAAGAAGUGGCGAAGUCUCGCUGGAAACUAAGCAAUGCCAUUAGAGGAGCAGCAAAUGUUCUGGGGAUAUUAUGGAUCUUCUUCCAGAUGCUCCUAUUCAGUAUGCCGGUCACGCUUCCAGUGACCAGUGCAUCCAUGACGUACGCAUCAGUCGUGUUUCUUGGAUGGGUCGGUCUAAGUAUGGGAUGGUAUUUACUUCACGGUCGGAAAUGUAAGAAUUUCCUCAUCAUCCGAGCUUUUUCAGUCAACUAA